GUGAUGAGCUCUGGGAUAGACUAGGCGGCCUGUGGGUAAGCAUUAGCCGUGGGUGGGCAGGAACAGGGCAGUGCAGACAGCUGGCUCCCGGCUAGAGGUGCGCUACCAGCCUGGCACAAGAUGGAUUUCAGCGUGAAGAAGCUGGCAUCAGAUGCAGGGGUGUUCUUCAGCCGGGCGGUGCAGUUCACACAGGAGAAUCUGGGCCAGGCAGAGAAGACUGAGUUGGACGCGCAUUUUGAGAACCUCUUGACCAGGGCUGACAACACUAAGAACUGGACUGAGAAGAUACUACGUCAGACAGAGGUCCUCCUGCAGCCCAGUCCUAGUGCUCGAGUAGAGGAGUUCUUGUAUGAGAAGCUAGACCGAAAGAUACCUUCUCGGGUUACUACUGCAGAACUCUUGGGUCAGUACAUGACUGAAGCAGCUAAUGACUUUGGACCAAGUACCCCUUAUGGACAAACGCUCAUCAAAGUCGGGGAGACCCAGAAACAUUUGGGGACCGCAGAGCGAGACUUCAUCCACUCGUCCUCUAUCAAUUUUCUCACCCCGCUGCGUAACUUCCUGGAGGGAGAUUGGAAAACCAUUUCUAAGGAGAGAAGAAUCCUGCAGAACCGGCGCCUUGAUCUGGAUGCCUGCAAAGCACGACUGAAGAAGGCUAAGGCAGCAGAGGCCAAAGCAGCGUUGGAGGGGGAUGCUUUGCCUGAUUUUCAGGAGACCCGACCUCGUAAUUACAUACUGUCGGCCAGUGCAUCUGCGCUUUGGAGUGACGAGGUAGACAAGGCAGAGCAUGAGCUGAGAGUGGCCCAAACAGAGUUUGACCGGCAGGCGGAAGUCACCAGGCUGCUCUUGGAAGGAAUAAGCAGCACUCACGUGAACCAUCUGCGCUGCCUCCAUGAAUUUGCAGAGGCCCAGGCCACUUACUUUGCUCAGAGCUACCAGUACAUGGUGGAUCUGCAAAAACAGCUUGGCAGUUCCAGGGCUGAACUGUUUCCUGCACCAGUGGUGGGAAACACAGACCCUGCCUCUCCACCCCUCAGUACAUCCCCACCGCCCGCUACUCUUCCUGUGCUCCAAGUGGCCAGCUCCAACCCCGGUGAAGUGCCUCUGAACCCAGUGGAAGUCCCACCCCCUGUGAGCGGCACACGGAAGGCACGGGUGCUGUACGAUUACGAAGCGGCCGACAGCAAAGAGCUUUCUCUCUCUGCAGAUGAGCUUAUUACAGUUUACAGUCUCCCCGGCUUGGACCCUGACUGGCUCAUAGGUGAACGGGGAAACAAGAAGGGCAAAGUUCCGGUCACCUACCUGGAGCUCCUCAGUUAAAACCCCGUCUAAAGGGCACACUAAUCCUCUUAAAAGCCAAUAGCCCUGGAGGGGCCCUGACUCAAUGCCCAGCUGCUUCUGGUCCCCCUCACCUUUCAUCUGUCCUCAAAAAGAAGAUGCCCAAUCCAUGUGACCCCCCCUGUAUCCCUCCUACUGGCCAACUUUUUCAUUGGCAGAAGGUCCUCACCGUUUGACAAUAGCCCUGGGUGGAUACCCAGUGUCCUGAUUUCAUUGAGCUGCUUACACUAAGGUUCAUAGAUUCUUACUAUACAUAAUGUGUCCCCCAAAGCCGGGUCUGUACAAAGCCACAUUUUUGUGAACCUUCCCAAAUCCGUAUAUAAAGAUGUUAAAGUAGAGGCAGGGAAGGGGGCCCCAACCCAAACUGCACAUGCAGAUUUUCAUGUAUGAAAUUGGUCCGACUACUAAAGCCUAUAUAAAUUUAUAUAUGUAACAAAUGCAAUUUCUAACCGUAGCUAUUGUCACUUUCCCCCACCACUCCGGGCCGUCUGGGACCUAUUCAUGCUUAGGCUCUGUACCCUCUCCACAUUUCCAGAUUUCAGUUUUUUUUGCACGAUUUAUUACAGGCGGCCUUCACGCAGCCACCAUUGUGGGCCACGUUACUGUUGCUUUAAUCUAAUAGUGGGGGAUAGGUAGCGGCCAUUGUGAUUUUUGGAUAUGUAAUACAUUGCGACUGUGGCACACAAGGUGGGGGGCGAAUUAUACUCAAUAUAGAGGCGCUUUUAUAUUUUAUAUUAGGUGCUACAACUCCCAGAAUCCCUCCACAACUGAUGGUGCAAAAGGUAACUCCUAAGGGCAGGAAUAGGCAACCUAUAAGGGAUGCUGGGAGCACUGUAAGUAUCCUCUCCCUGCCUUCAUGCCACAUGGUUCUGCAAUGCCUUGCUGCCCUCACUGACACUGCACAGCAUUGCUACUCACCACUGCUCCCCAUCUUUAAUUGUAAUGUUACUUUUAACCCCCACCCCCGCUUGUUAUUUAUUGCCUGUCAGCAUUACUGUCUGUGUUUCAAUAGCUGUUAAUAAACGGAAGUUAUUCCAGCUGCAA